AUACAAUGUGCUGAUGUAGGACAGUAAGAUCACCGAAAAGUUUCUUUUACUUCUGACCAUAACUGUACUUAUUGGCAUAAGUCUGACUGUAUAAAUGAAUCCGGCGCUAAUGAUGAAUCUGAUGACCCACCAUCCCAGCCCAUGCUGAAAGCCAUUCCACACAUUCCCUCCCUUUCUUCCUCCUCAUCUUCAACAAUGGUAGCUCCCUACCUCAGCCGACCUUCACACUCGACCUCCUCUCCCGCUGCGGCUUCGAUAUUCUUGUUAUCGGCCUUUGUUCUCUGCAUCUCUGUCGCCACAGCGGCUGUCCGGCUCCCGGCCAAUGUGACAGUGCCAGCGGUGUUUGUGUUUGGAGACUCAAUAGUGGACCCAGGGAACAACAAUGAACUCCAGACCAUUGCCAAGUGCAAUUUCCCACCCUACGGCCGGGACUUCCCCGGAGGUAAGCCAACCGGACGGUUCAGCAACGGUAGAGUCCCCUCCGACAUGCUAGCUGAAUUAGUUGGCGUGAAGGAACUGCUACCUGCUUAUCUAGACCCAAAUCUGCAGAUUCAGGACCUCCUUACUGGCGUCAGCUUCGCCUCCGGUGCCGCCGGAUAUGAUCCACAGACCUCAGAAACUGCAAGGGCGUUGUCAUUAUCAGAUCAACUGGAUCUGUACAAGGAAAGCAUUGCCAAGAUAAGAGCCAAGGUUGGUGAAGAUAGGGCAGCCUUGAUCGUGUCACGAAGCUUCAAUGUUGUGUUCUUGGGAAGCAAUGAUAUCACAAACACAUUCUUCGGGCCAUUGAGCGCCCAGGAUGAUAUAUCAUCCUACACUGAUCUCAUGGUGAAAUCGGCCACGAGCUUCAUUCAGGAGCUCUAUGGAUUGGGAGCGCGGAGGAUAGGGAUAACUGGCAUCCCACCGAUAGGAUGUGUGCCGGCACAGAGAACUCUUAGAGGAGGAAUUGAGAGGAAUUGCUUCGACGAUGGAAAUGAUGCUGCCAUCCUCUUCAACUCCAAGCUCUCCUCACAAAUAGACUCUCUCAGCUCCCAGCUCUCCAACUCCAAAAUCGUAUACAUCGAUAUCUACUACUCGUUCCUCCCGCUCAUCCAAAACCCUACUAAAUAUGGUUUUGAAGUAAGCACUAAGGGUUGUUGCGGCACAGGAAACAUCGAAGUGAGUUUCUUAUGUAACAAACUCGACGACCUUAUGACGUGCAUCAAUGACGAGAAGUAUGUGUUCUGGGAUAGCUUCCAUCCCACGGAGAAGGCAUAUAAGGUGGUUCUGGACCAGAUCUUCAAAGAUCAAUUGAGCAAGUUCUUCUGAAAGAACAAUAUAUAUAUAUAUAUAUAUAUAUAUAUUAUAAAUAUAUUGGUAUAAUACAGGAAAAAUGAAUAUUUAUAUUACUUGAUUAGUGGAAGGAAUUUCUUUUGAAUAUCUAAAUUUUG